AGGGCACAGAGAACAGUACACCUGUUGUACUUCCCAGGCUCUCUGUUUCCUCCCUUCUUUUCUCCUUCACAGCUCUGGGAGCACUGGGGAGCUGACGGCUUCACCAUGGAUCCGAAGGAGGCCGGCGGGAGUGAGAAGGAAAAGGAAAAAGACAAGGAGAAAGUAAUAAAAAGGAGAAACAGGCCUGUGUUCCUGCGUUACCUGGAGAGAAGAAAGACAGACACUAUUGUUGCCGAUGACAUGGCUAAAGGUGACAUCAACCUGGGGACUCUGGUGCGGAGAAGUCAGUCUGACAAGACGGAGUACAGUGCUAAACUUAAAGAAAAACUGAUGCCACAUGACCUCCACACACUGCCCUCGCCAGUGCUCGAACCAGAGGAGAUCCGUUUGAGAAAGAUGAACCGCAGGGCAAAGGUCAUGAAGGAGCUUGUGCAGACUGAAAAGGACUACCUCACCGACUUGGAGCUGUGCAUCAGGGAAGUGGUCCAGCCUCUGCGGAAUUUGCAGGUUGUGGAGGUAGAUCGAAUGUUCACCAACAUGGAGACGCUGUGUGAGGUGUCUGCGGCCCUCCUUCACAGACUGCGGCAGGCCAUGGCUGAUCCUGACCCGGAAGCGGUUGUCAUAGGGGACGUAUUCAUCCAGGCAAAGGCGACUUUGGAAGAUGUGUAUAAGGUUUAUUGUUACCACCACGAUGAUGCCAACAUGUCGCUCAAAUCCUACGAGAGAGAUGAACAAAUAAAGCAAGAAUUUACUGCGUGUGUAUUAGAGCUGAAGAAAAUCUACGACCAAGAAGGAAAAGCUAAUCUGCUGGAUAUGGGCUCACUGCUUAUAAAACCUGUCCAGAGGAUCAUGAAGUAUCCGUUGCUGCUCGGAGAGUUGUGGCAGGCAACUCCUGAAGAUCACCCAGACCAUCAGCCUCUGCAGGAGGCUUUGACCGCCGCCAAGAUCAUAAACGUUAACAUCAACGAGUUCAAGAGGCGCAAAGAUAUAGUGAUGAAGUACAAGAGGAUUGAAGAUGAAGGCACUUUAAGGGGCAAACUGAACAAGUUGAACAUCCACUCUAUUCGGAAGAAAGGGGACAGGUUUGCUGGUUAUCUCAAGAUCCUCACUGGUGUUGAGCCACAGGUGAGAGAUGAAGUGUUUGAUAGAGAGGAGAAGCUGUUCCGGAGUCUGGAGAAAGCUGUGAGGCAAAUGGUCAAGAAUGUGCAAUUCUACAUCCAGGAUACUCAGGAGAUGGUGUCUGUGUCCAUUUCAGAUGUGAAAGACUUGGGAAACAUCAUCAAAGAUUCCAAUAAAAAUGAUACAAAUGGUUUUUCUCAUCAUAAUGGAAAUGAUCCUUACAAGCACUUUAAAGACAAAAUGGAGUCUUUGGUCUUGGCCCCGCUUUCCUCCCUGCAGGUCAUGUUCACAGCCCCACAGAAGCUCAUCCAGAAGCGCUACGACAAACUUCUGGAUUACUGCUGCCGCCUUGAGCGCUCGUCUUCUUAUUCCUCCUCAUCAUCCGGCACUACUACGUCCCCUUCCCUGCCCUCUGUCGAGCCCCCUGGUCCGGCCAAAAGAGACUAUGAGGCUAUUAAUGCUUUGCUGGUGGAAGAGUUGCAGAGGUUCAACAUGGCUGCAUAUAGUGUCCUGAAGAACAGUGUGAUAUGUUUCGUAGCCCUGCUCAGAGGGUUGAUGGGAAAUGCAUUGGUUGGUGCUCCCUCCGUUCAGCAGCUACCCGUUCCACUGUCGAACAUCAAUGAAGUGCAGAACAGCAUCAUGGAUGAGCUGAACAAUUUGACAUUUGUGAAGGACAAUGCGCAGAAGUUAAUGGAACGGAAAGUCAGCUUUGAGAGACAACGCGACAAGAAAGUAGCGGUGCCGGAGGUUCAGCAUCAGACUGAGGAGCAGCGUGUCUGGCUGCUGGCUGAAUAUCCAGUGGGCCGCUUGUACCAGCUAAAGAGGAAGUGUAAUGGCUGCCAGGAGCAGGACCUCAGCCUGCUGGAAGGAGAGCUGGUUGCCCUGCUGGAGGACACAGACCCAUUAGGCAGCAACAGCCGCUGGCUGGUUCACACCGGAGGCGCACAAGGCUAUGUGUACUCCACAUUCCUAAAGCCGUACAACCCUCUGAGGGACUCGCAGAGAGCAGCCCAUAAAGCCAAAGAGCAGCAACAGCAGCAGCAGCCGCCUGUCAUGGUGGACGAGGACUUUGAUGACUUGAGCCUGUUUGUGUCGGGAAGUGGCAGCAGCAGCCUUCGGAGCUUCAACCUCAACACCACGGACAGCAGCUCGACCCUCUCCGGUCUGCAGGGGGAGCUGGAGAGUGCCGAAGACCUGGAGGACUCGGCGGACACUGAAGCUCAGCAGUUCUAUGCAGUAUAUGGGUUUCAAGCUCGCUGUGACCAGGAACUGACCUUGCAGGAGUACCAGCAUGUCCGCAUCCUCAAGUUUUGUGACCUGGGAGGUAAUAAGGAAUGGUGGCUGGCAGAGGCUAACGGACAAAAGGGUUAUGUUCCUGCCAACUACCUUGGCAGAAUGUCCUAUGCUUAAACAGAGUCUUAUUGAAUACAAUUUCAUCCUAAGAAGAAAAAAGAAGAAGAAAAAAAGAAAAGAGUUUAAAAGUUUAAAAAAAGAAGUAUUAUUUACUGCUUGAUACCAUUUCCACUUUGAAAAAAAGUAUAGUUUUAAUAUUUGACAGAACAGUCAAGAAAUUCUAAAUGUAGGAUAUUUUUGGGGAGUUUACAGAAGUAUAGAGAAGAAGUAUGCAUAUAUAUAUAUUGUUUUUUUAAGAGUUACAGGAUCUAAAUAUGUACAUAUAUAUU